UCUUGUCAUAGUUUCUCUAAUCUGUCAUCUUGUCUAUAAACAUUUCAAAACAACUACAUUUCUUAACAAGUGGUUUUAUUCAUUACAAAUAUUUAAAAGGUUAAAAAAUGGUAUUAGCACAUGAUAUUAGUAUAGGCCAAAGAUCCCAAGAUAUUCAAAUAUCUGAGGAUGUAACAUUUGAUACGAUGUUACUAACAUCUAAUACUCUUCAAGGUUUAAAAAGCUCCGGUUUCAAAAAACCUUCGCCCAUUCAAUUACAUGGAAUUCCUAUGGGGAAAUGUGGUUUUGAUCUCUUAUUAGAAGCAAAAUCUGGCACAGGAAAAACUGCUGUUUUUUCAGUUAUUGCUCUAGAAAAAUUAAACUUGGAUAAGGGCUUACAGGCUGUUAUAUUAGCACCAACAAGAGAAAUUGCAUCACAAAUAUGUGAUGUUAUAAAACAAAUAGGAUCAUACUAUAAAGGAUUAAAUAUUGAAGUUGUUAUGGGUGGCCUACCAGUUCAAGAUGAUAUUUGUAAAUUUAAAAACAAAGUACAUAUUGUUGUGGGAAGCCCCGGACGUUUACGUCACUUGAUUCAAGAUAAGUAUAUUGAUGUAUCUGCAGUUAGACUAUUAGUUCUUGAUGAGGCAGAUAAGCUAAUGGAAAAAUCAUUCCAAUCAGAUAUCAGAUUCAUAUUUUCUAUUUUACCUAAAGAAAAACAAGUUAUAAUGAGUAGUGCUACAUAUAGUGAAUAUGCCAAAGAUUUCAUCACUAACUAUGUACAACAUUCUCAACAUAUAUGCCCUAACACUAAUUGUAUUCUUUUGGGAGUGAAACAGAAAAUAACCCUAGUAAAAUACAACAGUAACAUUGUAAGACAAACACAAUAUCGUUUUAAAGAACUAUUGAGAAUACUGACAGCAAAACAAUUUAAGCAAUGUUUGCUAUUUUGUAAUUAUCAAGUUAGAGUUGCAGAGGUACAUAAACUACUACUACAAAACAAAUGGCCAGCUGAGCAGUUAUAUGGUCAACAAGAACAAACAGAUCGAUUAGAUGCUUUAAAAACCUUACAGGAAUACAAAUGUAGGAUUCUGAUAUGUAGUGACUUAGCAGCACGAGGAAUUGAUGCAUCCAAUGUCGAUUUAGUAAUCAAUUUUGAACCUCCAUUAGAGUGGCAAACAUAUUUACAUAGAAUAGGCAGAGCUGGUCGAUUUGGAUCAUAUGGAAUGUCGAUUACUAUACUAAGUGAGGGUAAAGAAGAAGAAAAAUUUAAAAGAAUGUUAAUAUUAAUGAAAAAUACAUUAAAUAUAAAGGAGCUUUGGUCUGACAAUGAUAUAAAUUUUGAUCCCAAUUUACACAUACAUCCACAACCAAAAGAUGUAUGUAUACUGCCAGAAUCUGAUAUAAAGACUACAAAAUAUGAAGAACUAUGGCAUAUAUUGUCAGAAGAUACCAUGGUGUCAAAUAAUAAACUGGAAAACUUUGAAAGUUUAUGCAAGUCAUAUGAUAAAAAUUCUAAUAAAAUUGAUACUUUCUAUACUUUAUUGCAAUCUUUUCAACACAAUCAAAAUAAUUUGGUUGAUAACAAUGAUUAUCGGGUUUUUAAAAUUAAAGAUAUUUCAGACAAUAAUGUCAUGUCUACAUUGAAAAAUGUCAAGAAAAUAUUUAAUAACACUUUAACUGCAGCUACAACAAAAGACACAUCACAAGAAAAAAAUAAUAACUUCAACACAAAAUUAAAAAAUGGAACAUCUAAUGUGGAAAUAUUUGAAAAUGUUCAUCAAGUCAAUACAGAUAUUCAAGAAAUAGAUAUUUCAAUUAAACCAUGUAGCGAAAUAAGUAAAAGUAAAAUGCCCAAUGAAAAGAGAAAUUCAAUUAUAAAUGUUACAGAUGAUGUUUCUUGUAUGUACAAUUAUGAAAGAAAAAAUUUAAAGGACAAUACAGAUUUAUCUCAUUCAACAAAAGACGCCUUACUUGCUUAUAACCUCCCAAUGGCCUUUAGCAGUUCGAAAAAUAAAUAUCCCAAUAAAGCACACAUAUACAGCAAUAGAAAUGAAACAAUUUCAGGAUCAGGCGUUAAAUAUAAUAAUACAAUUGACAAAAAUUACCCUUUACAAAAUAACAAGUUAUAUUAUAAUAUAAAUAAAAAGGAAAAAGAACAAAAAUGUGCUGCUAAUUGUAAGGAAACAAAAGCAAAACUUCGAGUCAAGAGUAAUAGCAUUAAUCAAAGCAAUCAUAAAUAUCUAUAUCUUCAGUCUAAUAAUGGAUAUAAAGAAUAUAAUACAGAGGAAAAAAACACAAAUUAUACUUGGCCAAAUCAAGAGUAUUUAGAAUGGUAUAGCCAAUUAAAAUUUAGGAUGAAACAAAUAGAACAGAUUGUAUAUUUUGAUGAACUUUCUAAAAUGUAGCAUGUCUUCCUAUGAAAUAGAAAUAAAACAAUGUAUACUACUUUUAAUAUAAUAC